UCGUGCACGCAUCUCGCGUCUCCGAACAUGCCUCCACGUGAAAAAGCGUGAUCUUUCUGGUGGCACGCGCCAUGCGACUCGGAACAGACGAUGACGAUACGAUAAUGACGACGACCGCCGCCGCGAUAUCCUACCGGUCAGCUUCCGGUUCGCGAUUCGCGCUUGAAAGAUCGCCGCGCGAGUGGCCCCACGAUGAGAAGACGCUGAUUAACACGCUCGUGUGACACAUCGCGGUGUGUCGCAAAAUGCGCAGAGAACCUUUGGUGUAUGUUCGAACGACGAAAUGCCAACAUUUGCGUCCACUUACACACUCAGCGUUGCAAAUUUUAUAAGAAACGUGGAGAGAGAGGGAGAGGGAGGGAGAAAGAGAGAAAAAGGGUCUCUGAGAGGCAUUUUAUAUAAGGGAUACAAAGCUUCUCUCGGGCCCCUUUCCCUUCUUCUUCAUCCUGUUUUUAUUUACUACAGUUUUGUGCCACAAGCCGUAGCCUGAAUAAGGCCAAGAAGGGUAUGGAACACGUACUAACGUUUUAUUAUAUAGAUAAUCUAUGAACUGUUGCGAGAACGUGUAAUAUAGAUUACAGUUAAUAUUUUGACUCUCGAGGCCUCCUUUGGGCCUCGGGUAUGAUGUACUCCCUGCGUCCCCCUAUCAUAGGUCCUAAAGAGAGAGUUAGAGAGAAAGAUAGAAUGUUCCCUUUAAUUCGAUCGCGACGCGCCGACGACCUUUUUUCUGAGUGAUUUUAAUCGUCUUAGUAACUAAGAAGAAGACGUAAUUAAACUCUCGAUUGACACAGCAACAAACUGAGAUAUUAAACGCCUUAAAUUGAACAUACAAAUAGAUUUACGAGAUGCACAACAAAAAUAACUCUCAAGAUAAAUCAUAUCCCUGUUGUAAAAUUUUUGAUUGAGGCUUCAAUGUUAUUUAUAUCCUCAAGAGAGGAUUGGUUCACGCAUUUAUGUUUUUAUUGCCGGUAAUCCCUUCUGUAAUUUUUGCGCGUAAGAACGCGUUGCACUUCGCGUGUGAUAAACUAAAUACGAAACAAGUCUAUUGAUAAUUGCGAGACACAAAUUGCAGCGCAGAAAUAACGAAAUAGUUAACAAUAUUUGUCUACUUUAUCAAUUUUGUGAAAUUGGUCGCGUGGCGACAUCUCUUCCGGAAAUCUCUGUUCGCUUAUCGCCCGUACUGCUUGUGCAGUUAUAAAUAUAACCUUUAUCUGUACCGUACCGCCUUUCGAUGAACGUUAUCGUUUUCGCAGGUGCGCGUGUCCGUUUUUUGGCCUCUGCGCGAAUCCAUGAUGCAACACGGCCCUGAAACCCGUAAGACCUAGGUGAACGCAGUGGUAUCGAACCAAAGGGCACGCGCUAACGAAAUCCGAACGAAAAUUCGCUUCGUGCGCACAACAUUCCGUGUGCGCAAAUUUUAUUCCCAUUGAAAGAAACGCGAGAAUUUGCUAGAUUCGCAUUGGGCGAAAAAUCGUGAUUGCGUAACGCGGAUGACUCCGACGCGCUCACGUAAAUAACGUAAAUUAUGUACGUGUUUGUUCCUCACAUGCGAAUCUGCCAAAACAAUAGUGAAAAGAUCGUAGUGCCGACGCGGCGAAAAUCCGCGAUGGAAUGCGGAAAACGCUGACAGGAUUUCGCCACUCGAUUUGACCCGAAGUGUUCUGAUUUCUUGAUAUCGCGUUUCUCAAAGUGCUUCAAGAAAGACCGUAGUGCCGACGCAACAGUGUCAACUUGGAAUUUCUUCGAAGAUGCGAAUUUGAUUUCCCAUCGAAACAUCAGCGAGCAAGCGACCGUUCCUGAAGCAGCAAACGGAUUCUGCAAAAUCCGCAAGUGAGGGAGAAGAGACUGCUGUUUCAGCGGAACGAAAAACCACACUCACGUGAAGCUGAUGCCGGUACGAUUCGACUGGAAACGCGGCUCGAAACGGACGUGUCCGCGCCACUGGGCGCGCGCACCGCGCACGCUGCGCGAACGUCGCGCCAGUUCGAUCGACGACGGUCGCCGGCGAAUCGGCGGCGUCACAGAGGGUAGAGAGGCACACGUGGUGGUAGUGGUGGAGGUGGUGAGUGCGCCGCGAGUGCCGGCGAUGUACGGGCGCGCACAGUAGGGCAACGAGCAGUUGGCCGUGUAGUCGGAUCAGGUGCCGCGUACCGGUACCGUUAAUCGUGCGCUCGUCGCGUGAACUUGGUAGUGCGCGCGAAGCUUCCGCAAGCUUCUUCCCGCCGAUUACUCGUUGCUCUUCUCCGUUCCUCCCUCCGUUUCUUCCGUUCGUUUCCUUCCGCCUGCCCACGUGUACCACGUGCACAUAUUGUUGAAUUCCGGUACGCGUGUGCGUGCGCGCGCACAGUAAUGCCCACAUUGCGCGCCGCAUCUUCCGGGCUCCGCAUUUUCAUUCUCAGUGCGUGACACUCGAUCCGAACCGGUUUCGAGCUGAGGAUCCACGUCUGCUCUGCGACGCAAACGAUAUGCCGGACAAGGUAGCGCCGGCGGAAAAGAUGGUCCUGCGGCCGUCGAACACCGCGAGCCCCGACAGCGAGGGUGUCAAGCUGAAACGGGAGCUCGGCUUGUGGGACGGCGUGGCGAUCAUCGUCGGCAUCAUCGUCGGCGCCGGGAUUUUCGUGUCUCCCAAGGGUGUGCUCAUUAACAGCGGCAGCGUCGGCCAGGCCCUCAUCGUCUGGGUGUUCUCCGGAAUCCUAUCCCUAAUUGGAGCACUUUGUUAUGCAGAACUGGGUACGAUGAUUCCCAAAUCUGGUGGCGAUUAUGCGUACAUCAGCGACGCCUUCGGACCAUUACCGGCCUUCCUGUACCUCUGGGUAGCCUUGUUCAUUUUAGUGCCAACUGGAAACGCUAUUACGGCACUCACAUUCGCGCAGUAUAUCCUGCAACCCUUAUGGCCUGGAUGCGAACCACCGUACGAGGCGGUACGACUCCUUGCCGCCGUCAUCACGUGUCUGUUAACUGCCAUUAAUUGUUACAACGUCAAGUGGGCGACCAGGGUGCAAGACAUCUUUACUGCCACCAAGAUCUUCGCCCUCCUGAUCAUCAUGGUGGCUGGAUUCUGGUGGCUCUGCAUGGGUCACACGGAGAACUUCCACCGUCCGAUGGCCGGUACUAAUACCCAGCCCGGUUACAUCGCUCUAGCAGUUUACUCCGGACUGUUCUCCUACUCCGGCUGGAAUUACCUCAACUUCGUGACGGAGGAACUCAAAGACCCCUACAAGAAUCUUCCUAAAGCGAUCUGUAUAUCGUUGCCGCUGGUGACAGUGAUCUACGUUCUCGCCAACGUCGCCUACUUCGUCGUACUAACACAAGACGAGAUACUCGCGUCGAAUGCUGUUGCCGUUACCUUCGGCGAUAAACUGCUGGGUGUUAUGUCUUGGAUCAUGCCGUUCUUCGUGGCGUGUUCAACUUUCGGGGCGUUGAACGGAGCGAUUUUCGCGUCUUCCAGGCUGUUCUUCGUCGGCGCCCGAAACGGACAUCUUCCCACUGCCAUUGCUCUAAUCAAUGUCCGCAACUUGACGCCAAUGCCAUCCCUUAUCUUCCUUUGCAUUAUCACCCUGAUACUCCUCAUCAUAAAGGAUGUCUACGUACUAAUAAAUUAUGUCAGCUUCGUUGAGGCUCUAUUUACCACACUCUCCGUAUCUGGUCUCCUGUGGCUGCGUUACAAGAAGCCCGAUCUUCAUCGUCCCAUAAAGGUACGUACAAGCGUUUUCGAAGAAUCAUCUACAAUAUUUUCCAUUAUUCCGUUUAAUCGCACGCGAGCAAAUCUUAUUGCAGUAAAAUCUUACGUCACACAUUUCGUCUUCCAGGUCUCCAUAGUCUUGCCGAUCAUCUUCUUCAUAAUCUGUGCCUUUUUGGUAACUUUCCCGUGCUACGUCUCACCGUGGGAGGUGGGUGUGGGCAUAAUAAUAAUCCUAUUUGGCAUUCCAAUGUACUGGAUCUUCAUCUAUUGGCAAGCGAAGCCCGCGUGGCUCGUGAAUGGGUCCCGUAAGUUACACACACGUGUCAGUUUUAGAGACCGCGUGCAGCGCGUCAAUCGUUGAAACGAUUUACAUAAUUAAUGUUAUCAUGUGAUUUUUCGCAGGGAAUUUCAACAUGAUGUGCGCCAAAUUGUUCAUGUGCGUAGAAGAGGAUAAGAGCGAGUAAAUGCGCUGUGAGUUACAAUGAAAAAACUUUCGGACUGACUGUGUGAAUUCACACGUGUACUUUUUUUAAGUAGAUAAAUUGUGCUCAAGAAAUCGAAAUGUCAAUUACAACGAACGGAAUAUCGAACGCUAGCAACUAUUGUACGACUGCAUAAUUGCGAAAAUAUUAACGAUAAUGCACGUACGAGCAAAAAACAUGGCGUUUCUCGAUAAUAGAUAUUUUAUAUAUUAUAUAGAUAGAUAACAGUCUUUCCACCUUUAUGAUGGUUCCUCUGUCAAAAAUCUGGUGCGUAUGUAUUAAAAAUAUUUAUAAAAAUAUUUUAAAUACACGUGAUCUGUACAUGCGCGCCAGAUUUUUCAUUGGCAUUACGCUGGACUGCGCAAACAUAAUAACGUAGCAUAAUGAUAUACAUAUAUAUUGUAAAAGUAUUUGUAAUUUGAAAGGAUUUAGCAAGAUUAUUGAAUUUUAUCAAGGAUUGACAUUGAUAUGAUUUUAGCAAGUUCAGUUUUCUCUUGGAGACUUUUCAUGCCAAUUACCGCGUUUGAUUUAUUUAACACGGAUACGUGAGGAUUAUUAUUAUCGCACGCUUAUGGCAUCUGAAAUUGGUGAAAUUGUAUUAGUCCCGAUCCUCGAAUAAUGUACAUAUCGCGGAAUAAUGUAAACUUUGUACAUUGCGCGCGUAAUUAUAUACUUUCGAUAAAAAAGUCUGUAUAAAGAAAAAUCGUGUUUCAACGUAUCGCACGUUUGUUUGUACACUCCACUGUUACAUCGAAUAUAUUUUUAGACACCUCUUGUUAUUAUACUAUACGCUAUAUGUUUCUAAAAAAUAUCUAGAUAUCUUUCAAUGAAAAAAAUGCUUUUUGUAUCUUUAUACGUGUAAGGAAGAUAUUUAGAUAUUCUUCGGAUCUUUUUUGAUCGUCUAUAUAUAAAAUUUGAUGACUGAUCGUUAUACAGUCUACCGAUACAUUAUUGUAUAUCAAGAAUCGAGAAUCAGACAGUACCGAUCAGGGGGAUGACACAAGCAUGAGUUUUAAAAGCACCAUGGUUACCAUGGGAAUCUUAUCGUUUUUACGACACAACUUUUGAUAUCUAUACUUUUCAAUGUAGGCUAUCGAUGUGUCAUCGGACUAUAAGAGCAUCCAUAUGCAUGUAUGCUAAUCUGAUAACUGCUCAAGUAUCGAGGAUAUCAUGGAGUAAAGUGCGUUCAGGAACGAUUAACCGUGUGCCUUUGUACGGGAGCAAGUAGGUUUUACAUUUUUUGUAAAACAAAAAAUAGAGUAAAAAUGCGCAUAAUAGCUAAAUUAUUUUCCCGACGUCGUAAAUAUUGUAAGAAUUAUACAUAGCCAUAAAUAUUAUAAGAGAUAUAUGUAUAUUAUAUAUAUAUAGCUUAAGGAAUUUUAUAUACAGAUAUAACAGACGUUUUUAAAUAGCAACUUUUUAUUCCAACAGACUUGAUAAAACGGCGCUGAAAAUCGCUCCUAAUUAUAACUUGCAAUGAAUUUGUAGAUUAAUUAACGGAGAUAAGAAGGGUUGGCGCUCUUUCCUUCCUGUAUAUUUUUAUUCAACAUUCCUAAAUUUCUCUAAAUGUACCGCAUGAUCCACUCGGUAGAAAAAUGACACGGUGUACAUGCCUGUCGUCGAGCUUUCGUAAAUGUACGGUAAAUAGGCCAAAGUACUGUUAACGUGCAUCGAAAAAAAUGACGGUCUCUCAUAUGUAUCUGUAAAUAUUUUAUUUAUAGUCAACUUUUGCGUCGCACUCGCACAUCUUUUGAGAAUCCUGUACAAACAUUAUUACUUCUCGCAUUAAAAUCGAUUAUUUAGACAA